ACCUAAUUGACCUUUCCUGUGUAACCCAAUUCGAGAGACGGAAUCGGCGAGUGAGAAAGUACUGAUUUCUCUAAAAAGCCCAAACAUUGCUUGGUUGAUUUAGCAACAAUGGCACUCUCGCAGUGGAAGGAAGCUAUACUCGAAGGGAUUUUCAUGGAGAUUGAGGAUGGUAUUGUGGAAGAGAAGAAUCUCGAGCGAUUAGAGAAUCUUGUGGAGAUUUUACACAAAGAAGGUUCUAAAGUACCCAAAUCAGUCACGGAAGCGUAUUGUAAAGUAGCUGUGGAGUGCACAGUGAAGUGUCUCGCUUAUGAGAAAGAUGCAAAAAAGGCUUACACCGAAGCAAUCAAAACGAUAUGGCUCGGUAGGAUUAUGCCUUUAUGCGAUAAGGUUAGUUGUUUGGUUACUCUUGACCUCUUGAAAUGCUGUCGAAGAUUAUGGAAGGCCCACACUGACGACAAGGCUUGUAAGACACUGAUGGAUGAAGAUACAAGAGACAAAGCUUUGGUUUGUUUGAGGAAGGUUGUUUUAGAUUUGAAUCCCAAUCUUGUUUUAGAGAAUCUCAACAUGGAUGAAUCGGAUGAGAUUGAAUCUAGUGAAGAAUCUGAAGAGACAGAAUCAAUGGUUGAAGCAAGAGAGGGCGUGGGUAAUCAGAACAGUCAGGCGUCUGAAGCUAUGGAAGAAGACGACCAAGAGAGCCUCUUAGAUACUGAACUGGAAAGACCUACUUCUGGAGGGUCAAAAGCUGUAUAUGUACCCAGUCAAUUCAAUCCCAUUCCAUCUGCAGUUGUUGACAGAGCGCUCAGAAAGCUGAGAGCUAGUAAAAUCGAGCUAAUGAAAGCUUUAGAAAAAGGAAGACCUUCAAAUUUAAACAAUGAGACGAUUACAGAACAAGAAAACGAUGUUGCUAAUCCUUCUGCAACAAACGCUGCACCAAGGCCUAGCUUGAUGGAGCCACGUAGCACAGCACACACUUAUGAAUGGAAUGACUCCAUUGAUGAUUCAGAUGGAGAAAUGGGCGAUGACAUUGAAAGGAUUAAUAAAUCAAAACGUAAAAGAAUUGUCGUGUCUCCUUUGAAAAGAAACCGAUGUUCAGAAGGUGCUAGAAGGCCAAAACUUCCUUGGAGUACUGCAGAAACGCUGGCCGUACUCAAAGGCUAUGAAAAGUAUGGUGCAAACUGGAAACGGAUCAAAGAUGAGAAUCCAGUUCUAGUGCGCAGAACUAAUGGUGAUAUUAAAGAUAAAUUUCGAGUUGAGAUGAGACGUGAAGAGCGCCGUCAUUGAGUAGGUAUUGGAGUACUGGAGUAGGCAUCAGACCUUUUUGUGAGUAGACGAGUACCAACAACUGCUGAACAAUGACGUAUUGUAAAAAAACUGGGUAACAUUUUGUAGCCUUUUGUCUUUAAGACCCAUAGAAUAGCGUACGACGAUGAUUGUCUAGUGAAUGGUUUUGUUAAGUAAACUAGGUUCCUUAGUCAAAUGUAGACGAGCAGUUCAUUUCGGUUUCAUAUUAUUUUCUAUUACGUUUUCUACUGUCUUGGUGUUUCAUUUACGCAAUGAGUCGAUAUCGAUUAGGGUUUCGAA